GUUGACGAUACUCGUCGCAUCAACUCAUGUCUCCCUCCUCUUGAGUCUCCACACUCUCCUUCAUCAUCUCCGCUUUGACAUUGUCGCCCCGGGCACACCCCAUGUCUCGACACGAUGGACGUUGACACGCCGCCGGGCGACCUGCCCAUCCCCCUCCCUGAAUUCAGCGCGUCGUUCCCCCUCCCCUUCCGCGUCCUCUUUCUCGUCGGCCUCGCCAUCCUUCUCUGGGCGGUCAACCUAAACGUCCUCUCCCUCCUCGGGCUCGACGUAUCUUGGGCUCUCGACAUCAGAGAUGGCGACGACACGUAUACCGAGGUGCCCCGGCAACCGUCGCUUGUCCCGUCUCAGUACCUUUACGGACCGGUGUACAAGCUCUUCCUGGGCUACACGGCCUGGUGCGUGGCGGGAUACGCCGCGUUCCGGGUGAUCUGCGGCGACGACACGGAGGCGAUGGAGAGGUGGCGUGGCCUGGUUGGCGUUAUCUGCCUCCUGCCACUAGUCGUGAGCCUAACUCCCCUUCGAGGGGUCGGGUACCGAGAACGGAGAGCGUUGCGGCGCGCCCUUGCGCGCUGCAUCAACCCACCGAUCCGCGAUCCCAUCUUCUUCUGCGACGUUAUCCUCGCGGAUAUCCUCACGAGCUUCGCCAAGGUCAUCGGCGACUUGUUCGUUAGUGCCAAUCAGAUCGUCUUCGGCGGCAUCUCCCACGGCCGCCAGGUGCCCCACGGUGCGACCAAGUGGCUCGUCCUCGGCAUGGUGUGCCUCCCAUACGUUAUCCGUUUCAGACAGUGCAUGAUCGAGUUCUACCACUCGGGGUGGAAGAGCACGCGACCUCUCGCCAACGCGUGCAAGUACGCGUCGGCGUUCCCCGUCAUCUUCCUCUCUGCGCUGCAGAAGAACGUCGUCACAGAGGUCGCCGCAGCAAAGGGAAUGAGCGCAGCCGAGCUGAGCGCCAGCGGCCGUUGGUUUGGCGAGCACCGCCUCUUCCGACUGUGGCUGCUCGCCGUCGUCGUCAACUCGAUGUUCUCCUUCUACUGGGAUGUGCAGAAGGACUGGGGUCUCUCCCUGCUCGAGGUCGACACCUGGACGCUAUCAAGGAGCGAGUACGCGCCGACCCACGUGCGCUCUCUCUCCCAGCCGCGCGGCCUCUGGUCCCGCCUCACAUCGCCGCACCAGCGCUCCCCCCUUCCCACGCCAGGCGGGUUCGACAGCCGAUCCAACAGCCGAUCCAACAGUCCCACACGCCGCACCGCGCACUGGGGCUUGCGGCCAACCCUGCUCCUCCCCGACCCCGCAGUAUACUACCUCUUCGCGAUUCUCGACCUGGUGCUGCGGUUCACGUGGAGCCUUGAGCUCUCGUCGCAUCUGCACGUCAUCAGCGACAUUGAGAGCGGCGUGUUCAUGUUGGAAGCGCUUGAGCUUGUGCGGCGCUGGAUGUGGGUGUUCAUCCGCAUUGAGUGGGAGGCCGUGCGUAUGGGCGAGAUGACGAGGUUCCGUGCCCCAGGCCAUGUCGAGCGUACCGCGGUGCUGUGGGACGACAAGGACGCGCAGCGCGACGACUAGAUAUAGAGAUACUGUUACGCAUAGAAUAUACCAUGCAUUCGAGUUUAUGAU